GCCGCAGAGCCCGCCGGGAGCUGUAGGCUUCCCCCGCGCAGCGCCGCGCCGCGAGCUGAGGGGCAGGGCUUGCGGUUCCGGGUUCCCCGCCGGCCCGACCGGCCGCGUGUGCCGGCCCGCCCCGCUAGGAGCCAUGGCCGGCGCCGAGCGCAAGAAGCACGUCCGCUUCGCCGGCCCGGGGCAGGGGGCGGCGGGGCCGGGACCUGGUCCGGGCUCGGGCUCGGGGCCGCGCCCCCCCCCCGCGCCGCACGCGGAGGUGGCCGUGGUCGGCGGGCGGCGGUGCGGGGAGGGAGCGGCGCUGCGGUGGUGCAUCUCCGCGGCGCUGUGCGCGGCCUUUCUGGGGCUGGGCACGAGCAUCGCCGUGCUGGGACCGACCUUCCAGAACCUGGCCGACAACGUGCACAAGAACGUCACCGACAUCUACUACAUCUUCGUGGGCCGCUCGCUGGGCUACCUGGGCGGCUCCGUGCUCGGCGGGAUCCUCUUCGACCACGUCAACGCGCACCUCCUGCUCGCGUUUUCCAUGCUGGGAACCACGGCUGGUCUUUUUGCCAUACCAUGGUGUAAGAAGUCCCUGCUGCUGACUGCCUUGAUGGCACUCAUCGGAGCCUCCAUGGGAGUUCUUGACACGGGUGGCAAUGUUCUUGCACUGAGCACGUGGGGAAUAGAGGCCGGACCGCAUCUGCAGGCCUUGCACUUCAGUUUUGCCAUGGGUGCGUUUGUGGCUCCGAUUCUGGCUAAAAUGGCAAUGGGAAGUUCUGAACCCAGAGACCUUCAGGCAGGUGAAAACUCAAACCAGUCUGUCCGGAGCCCUGUGCCAACAGCGUCAGCUACGCUAGCACUGAAACACCGUCUCGGUGUCGAUUUUUUGUGGUCCUAUAUUGUCAUAGGGACCUACCUUCUGUUUGUUUCUUUCUUCUUUUUUAUUUUGUAUUCAAAGAGCAGCUCGGUUCGAGACAAAUCAAAGGCUUCUGUGCAGAAAUGCAAGGUUGCCAAAUACCACCAUGCCCUGAUUAUUCUCCUUUUCCUGUUCUUCCUCUGCUACGUGGGAGCGGAGGUUACUUACGGCUCUUACAUAUUUACUUACGCAAAGGUCUUUGCUGAGAUGAAAGAAAACGAAGCGGCUGCUUUGAAUUCUGUCUUCUGGGGCGCGUUUGCUGUUUGUCGAGCGGUGUCGGUAUUUUGUGCCGCUUGCUUGUACCCCGGCACUAUGAUCGUGCUGAGCCUCAUUGGCUCUGCCGUCUCCUCUUCGUCCUUGGCUUUCUUUGCGCACUACCCAGUUUCGCUGUGGGCUGGAACUGCGGUGUACGGAGCCUCCAUGGCCGCCAUCUUCCCCAGUGGCAUUUCCUGGAUCGAGCAGUACACGGUCAUCCAGGGGAAGUCAGCUUCUCUCUUCGUGGUUGGUGCUGCUCUGGGGGAGAUGUGCAUUCCUGCAGCGGUCGGGUACCUGCAGGGGAGGUUUCACCACGUUCCCGUGGUCAUGUACACCGCGCUGGGAACUUCGGCGGUGACGGCUGUGCUGUUUCCUGUGAUGUAUAAAUUGGCCACCGCUUCUGGAGAGUGCUCGAGAGAGAUGAGCGAAAGCGAGGACCGGAAGGCUUUGCUCUCCAGUUCGGGGCUUAAUGAAGAUGAAGAGGAUGAGGAGGAUGCAGGAGAGUGGAAUGAAGCGGACUUUGAGGUAAUAGAAAUGAACGAUACCCUGAGAAACUCUGCGGUAGAGACCUCCCUUAAGGUAGCAGGGGACUCGCCGGCGGAAGCCUCCCUCCAGCCGCAUCCAGGUGAUGCUGCAGGGGAUUGUCCAGUGGGAGCUGGCGGCUCCCCUGGGAGAAAAAGCGUGAAUGUUGACCGGGAGAAGAAUGAUUAGAGUAAAAGCUGACUCUUUGGUUUUUAACUGAAAUGCAGUGGAAUCGUAGCUGUUCUCAUAAAGUGGUUCAAAGAUCUUCUCAGAGUAAGAAGAAGGUUUCCUCCUUUGCCUGUUCUUUCUCCUUCCUCAGUUUCAGUCUGCAGCGGUGCAUCCCGGAGAAAGUCCACAGUGAUAUGAACGUGGUAACGUGAUACAAUUUGUAGACUAUGCUGAAAAUGUUAAAACACGAGAGGGAUUUUUUAAAUGUCGGGUGUGCAUUUCAAUCAUCUGUGCUGUGAUGGGAGCUAGCUGGGAAAAAGCUGCUCAGACCACUUGGUUUCUUGGAGGUGGGUGAAGGGCGCCGUUCUGAGCUGCUUGGUCACAGUGGGUUUUCAUCAGAAAGGAGAGAAAUCUGUUUCCCUCUGGUGCUGAACUUUCUUAGCUCGCGAAAGAAGAAUGUUGCUACUGCGUUGAGGGUGGGCGUGUGAAUGGGAUAUCCCGAUGGCCAGUCACAUACUUUUCUGAUUCUGUCACUAAGACGGCACGGAACGAAAGAUGAAUUUUUAGGAGUGUGACCAUGCCUUUGGGUCAUUUAAAGCGGUGUAUGGGAACGAGGACAAACGGCCUCGUGUUUAUCUGCUGUGCGGCUUAACUCUGAUUACUCGUUAACCACUGGUGACAAAUCUAAAUACUUGAAGUAUCUGUGAUUGUACUUGUGAUUUAAAUUACUGCACUACCACUGAAAUCAACAAAUGUACGAAGAUGACAUGAAGUAAUACGUUAGCUAGAAUUGUGUUAAUGACAUUGGGCCAUGAUAUUGUAAGCCGGUUCAGUUGAAAGGUGUCACAACUUCUCUGGCUUCCUGCGCCAAGAUUUCUACGCAGCAGUGUGUUAGGACGACAGUUUGAGAAUGAGAUGGAAUUACUGCUGAGUCGAUCCCGUCCAGUUGCACAGCGUGUCUGCUUGCUCCCUGUUUGUAGGGUGCUGCCGUUCAGCUUUUCUUUCUUUGGGUGAUGACGCGCAGCAAGUUCCUCCGUGAGGAGAAGCUGUGGUUUGUGCGUGUAGAUUUAUUGCUCCGCAGGGGAAAGCCCUCAGGUCUGCCUGUGUCACCCGGUCCUCCCCAGUAAGAACAAAGAUGCAGCAGCUCACGGCAAAGCCUGGAGCGGUAGUUCUGCAACAUGUCUACUUGAAAACCAAAAAUUAGGAGGUUGCUGUUUUUUAAAGCUGUGUGAUCACUACGUGGGUUGGUUUUCUGUGGGUUUUUUUUUUUUUGGUUGUUGUUGUUUGCACUAUUAAUAUUUUUUUUUUUGCCUAAGAGGUUUAAUUGCUGACAAAGGGAAGAGCUCUAAGUGUAACGUAGCACAGAAUUGUGGAUGUUCAGCGUGUUUUCAGUUGUUUUUGUUCCUUCUCCUGUCCCCUGUGUGUUUAACCUGGAACCUAAGGGCUCCUUCCUUUCUCCUGAAAAGUUAGUUUGUAAAAAGCAGGAAUCCGUUUGUAGUGAAAAGAUGUGUUGGUUUUUUUUUUUUUUUUUUUGCAUCCUGCAAUGUUGAAGGGCCUCCCUGUCCUGCUGCUGUAGGCACUUAAGUGCCAUUGCCUGUUUGCCUGGUUCUUCUUUCCUUUUGUGCAUGUAUGCACACUUCCAAUGCGAUGCAUGAACCUGCACUUUAUUUAAUAUAUGGAUUUGCUCCACCUGCUACACAGGGGUUUUCUUCUCUGCUUAGAGUUCUUGUAAAUACUUCUGAACAUCAGCCCAAAUCCUGUUCUGGCUACAUGUGGCAGCAUUUCAUCAACUGAAGUAAGCCUCUCUGGCUUUAUGCUUUCAGUUAGUUACAUGCAAUAGUCAUAAAAGAAAGCAAUGGCAUGGCAGAGAGAAUGUCUUUCUUAGGUGAGUGCAGAUUAAGCCUGGAUUUCUUAAAGUAAGUUUUCUUUUUCCCUCUUCCCUCCUGCACUCUGCAAUAACUGCUUUAUAUUUGGAAAGUAGGGAGUGUUAUCUGACAGCGUGGGCGAAUCUUGGUUUUAUGAGGAGAGGGGAAGUGACACACGCUUGUGCUUCUGCUCUGCUUUUAUGGGAUGUACUUCACCCCCAGGGGCUCACGGGUAUCCCUCUGGUAGAAGGGGUCGGUGUAGGGCAAACAACAGCAGGAACCCAGGCGGGUCUGUGGCAGCUCCCCGCUGCAAGAGCCAUCCGUGUGCUUGGUCUGUACCAACGGAGCCACUCCUGCCUGCGUCUGCAAAAUGCACGAAUACGAGGCACGAGGAACGUCCCAGCUGCGUUAUGUAAUGAUGUACCACAACGGUAAACCUUGGGCUGCUUUCCAUCUGAGGUAGACGUACCUGUAAUUAGCAAUGUAAAAAAUAGAACAGUGGGGACUUCUGCUGAUGGGAGUCUUCAGUGAUUUAAAAGAGUCUCCCUGUACCUGAGGUCAUGUCGCCAGAAAAAAACGAGUUUAAGAAACCUGCCUGAAAGCAGGCAGAUUUUAAAAUAAUUUGCAAUUUGUACGCUAAUUUCUAUCUGAAAUUUCAAAUUGGAAUGUUCGGUAAGGAAGGUUAUUCUCAGGGAUAGUUAACACAUUUCACAUAAUCAAGUAGUGGAAAAAAAAAAAAAUUAAAGCCCCAUUGGGAAAUGUGCUUUAAUCUCUUUGAACCAUAUGUACCUAUGUAUGUUAUAAAUGCGUAUAGAUCUAUAGACAGAUAGAUAGGUACGGACACGCUUGCUUACUUGUGUUUCUGACAAAUGUCAUCACAACAAGAGGAGAAAUGCUGUCCAAAGGAAAAGCCAUGACUGGCUGAGCGGGGGCGUGUAGCAUCGUGUUGGAACAAUACCCAGAAGCCUUUGCCUGGAUGACUUCUGAACUGUGGGUUGUCUUUGCCAGCACUCAAGCCCUCAGCGUCUUACUUCUGGCCUCAGACAUGAAUAGCACAUACAUGUAAAGCUUGUGCUCCUUAUCCCCUAAACACCUGCAUCUAGAAUCAGUGGCUGCCCCUUAAUGAAAACAAAAUGUUGAAUGCAAUUAAAGAUGAAAGCAGACCUAGGACCUUUCUAAUGCUGAGCCCAGCUCACGGCAGCUGUAGAUGUCCUUGAUGCUCAGGGCUGUUGCUGUCCUAGUUAAUUGGAUUUUGGUGUUCCUCAAGACUUCUUUUAGAGAAUCACAGAAUUGCAGGGGCUGGAAGGGACCUCCAGAGAUCACUGAGUAAGUCCAACCCCCCUGCAAAGGAGGCUCCCUGCAGCAGGCUGCACAGGCAGGCGUCCACACAGGUCUUGAAUAUCUCCAGAGAAGGAGACUCCACAACCUCCCUGGGCAGCCUGUUCCAGUGCUCCUUCACCCUCACUGGGAAGAAAUUCCUUCGCAUACGGGUGCAGAACUUCCUAUGCUCCGGAGGAAUGAAUAUUAGUUUUCAUAUGUUUAAAUAAUUUCCAAAGUAAAUUAGUUCCUUGCAUAUACAAGGAGGAGCUAUUUACAGGGUCUUUUUAAGUAAAGGGUAGAAGCAGUGUUGAAGCUCUGUGGAGGACCUCUUAAGUGUUAUUUAUGGGUAUUACCUCCCCAUUGCCUUGUUAAUGUCAGAAAGUCAGCUUGGUGCUGUGGCCAGUGGGUGAGAUGGCUGAAGGUAAUGUGAUUCAUCCUUCUGCCCAUAAAAGCAGGAUUGCGUUGAGGAUGGUCACGUGCCCAUUUCCUCCAGCGUUAAAUUCCUACAGUUCAAUGUCACAAUAUGUGUAUUUAGCCCUGUCUCAUUCCCAAAUGUGGGACUGUACUGCAGGCACCGAGGAGUUACUGCUGGCAUUGGUACUUCUGUAAAUGACCCUUCAGUGCUGGAAUGCAGAGUGGGCAACAGUUUGUGCCUUGGUGGGAGAUUCUGGUUACUUUCCAUAGAAGCUCACAGUAAUCUGUAUAUGUUCUGUUAUAUAUUCAUAGUUUUUAUUUUGCUUGCGGUGGGUUUACAUUGUAUUGUAUAACGUGGAAUUUAUAACAGAUGACUUGUACCUUGAAUGUAAUAAAUCGUUAACGGGAGGAGGCACUCAGGUUCCUUUAUGUAAAUAAAAAGUUUUGUUCUAUUUUUAAAAGCUA